AUGGUGUCCUUUUGGCCGUGGAAGAGGGACUCGUCCUCGACCGCCUCGUUCGAAAAGACCCUGUCCACCCUCUCCGUCAAGAUCGCCGACUCGCAGUCCCGCCUCGACCGCCUCCGCGCCAGCUCCCGCCGCGUCAAGGUCCUCUGGACCCUCUACCUCGCCUUUGCCUACACCGUCUACGCCAUCGUCCUGCUGCUCGUCGUGGGCUAUGCCAACCUCGGCGCCCUCGAGUGGACAGCCCUCGCCGGCGGGCCCGUCGUCAUCUAUCUCGUCCGCGCCCUGACGACGGCAUACUUCACCUUUCGCAUCGAGAGCGUCUCGGCGCGCCUCAAGGAGCACCAGGAAGAGCGCGCCAAGACGAUCCAGAAGCUCAAGGACGCGACCAAGUACGACUCCACCCUCGAGCUCAUCGAAAAGUACGGCGGCGAGGGCGGCGGCAAGAAGAAGAAGGGCGGCGGCCCCGGCGGGCAGGACGACAAAGGCGUGGCGGCAGCCGGCCCCGGCGGCGGCGGCGCGGGCAACAAGGGCACCACCCCCGGCAGGACGAACCUGCCCCCUCCGCCGACCGCAAACAUCCAGCGCCGGCCGCCCGGGCCGUCGUCGCCCUCGCCCUCGCAUCCCGAGCAACAGCAUAGCCCGAGCCGACCCGUCGGCAGCGCCGACGACACCCUCGACCCCACGGCCGAGUUUGCGCCCAACGCCUUCGCACACCAGCAGCAGCCCUUCACCGCCGCCGACGGCCCGUCGUCGUCGACGUCGACGUACCCCCCGCAGCAGCAGCAGCAGCAGUACGCGUACGCGCCCCCGCCACAGGCCUCCGAGCCGCACUGGUACGACCGCAUCUUCGACGUGCUCCUCGGCGAGGACGAGACGGCCGCGCGCAACCGCAUCGCCCUCAUCUGCCGCGCCUGCCGCCUCGUCAACGGCCAGGCCCCGCCCGGCACGCGCUCCCUCGCCGAGCUCGGCCCCUGGAAGUGCAUGGCCUGCGGCGCGCUCAACGGCGAGGUCGACGAGGGCCGCCGCAUCGUCGAGGAGGUGCUCGACGGGCGGGCCAAUGCUGCUGCGUCUGCUUCCGGCGACGAAACGGGCGACGGCGAGGACGGCGAGGACAGCGCGGCGGAGGUGAGCGAGAAGGAUGCCAAGAAUACAGGUUCGGAAACAGGCGGCGGCGGCGGCCCCGCGGCCGGAGUGAGGGCCCGGCGCAAGAACAAGAAAUAA